GUAUUUACACUGCCUGCGGUCACACCCUGCCUUUGUUUUGUUUUGAAACUGAAACUGAAACGCAUUUAAUUUAUUGGAAAACUCGGCCAAAAUCAUGUCCCACGCCGGCUAUAGCCAGCUGCCCAGUGGCAGCGACCAGGAGCGCAGGCAGGCGCAGCUCUCGGCCAGCACCUAUGACGUACUGCAGCGGACGGCGGACAGUAUUCAGAGGUCGAACCAGAUUGCCAUCGAAACGGAGAACAUGGGAGCGGAGGUGCUGGGUGAACUGGGCGAGCAGAGGGAAUCGCUACUGCGCACCACCCGCCGUCUGGAGGACGCCGAUCAGGAUCUAUCCAAGUCGAGGGUCAUCAUCCGGAAGUUGGGCCGCGAAGUGCUCUACAACAAGAUCAUCCUGAUCCUCAUCAUCCUCCUGGAGGUGGGCAUUCUUGUCGGCCUUCUGGUGCUCAAGUUCGCUCACCUCUGAGCGGAUGUCACUCUAUUCCAAAGCUAUAGCCACGAAUCGGGCGUUGGUCUAUGUAUAUGUAUUAAUUGUUGCGACUACUUUGCCUUAGUUAUGAAUAAGUUAUACCACAUGUAUAUAAAGGAAAUGAACAAAUAUAUGUGUACUCAGAGAAGCCAGAUUAAUUG